AUGAACAGUGCAACAAUGAGCAUCAAAGCCGCCGAUGAUUCUUGUCCAUUGCCAACACAGCUCAAGCCAAAGUAUGAUUUCAAUUGGAAAUCGAAAAGCGGAGAAUGGGCUAACACAGCGGCGACAACAGAUUACAUCAUGCUCGCACUUUCUUGGAGUCCGACGUAUUGCGCCUCGUUAUCUCAAUCUGCCCGCGAUAAAGAAUUUCAAUGUAUUCAUUCGUCAACAUUCGGAUUGAUUGUUCAUGGAUUAUGGCCUCAGGCAGCAAAAGCUGCAAAUGUUCGUGCCCAUCCACGUAAUUGUCGAAAUGAACCACAACUGAACUCCACCUUCGUCAAACGAUUCUUCUGCGUCAUGCCUUCGGAAACUCUUAUGCAAGCUGAAUGGGAAAAACACGGUACUUGCUACUAUGACAAAGCAACCGAUUAUUAUACGGUCACAGAAAGACUGUAUCAAGCGCUUAGUUUUCCGGCAAGAACUGUCAUGGAAAGUUCAUCUGCAGUGGUGAUUAAAGAUACAAUUCUCAAGCUGAAUUCACCGGUGUUACCUUCAUCAGCUGUCCGAAUCGAUAUGUCAGGCAGUCGUCUGAAAGAAGUGAAGAUCUGCUACGAUUUGAAUUUGAAAUUUACUGCAUGCACAUGA